CUAAAUCCCCCAAAACCCUAACUUCCCUCCGCCACUCCUAUAACCGUAUUCAAUUUCUCUCUCUCUUUAAGUUUUCCGGCGAUCGGCGAUCGGCGAGCGAAAGAGGAAUUUCUCAGAUUUCGAAAUGGUGGCUGAUAAAGGGAAGAAACUUAAGGUUGGAGACAAAGACGAGGAAGAAAUUUUGGAGAAUGUUGAUGUAGAUUUUGUUCUUUCCAUCGAGAAGUUGCAGGAAGUUCAAGAUGAACUCGAAAAAAUCAAUGAAGAAGCAAGUGAUAAGGUGCUGGAGGUAGAGCAGAAAUUCAAUGAGAUAAGGAAGCCUGUUUAUGAUAAAAGAAAUGAGAUAAUCAAGUCUAUACCUGAUUUCUGGUUAACAGCGUUCUUGAGCCAUCCUGCUCUUGGCGAGCUCUUAACAGAGGAAGAUGGAAAGAUUUUCAAGUAUCUAAGUUCAUUAGAAGUGGAAGACUCUAAAGAUGUCAAAUCGGGUUAUUCAAUCACAUUUAAUUUCAACCCAAAUCCUUACUUUGGAGAUACCAAGCUCACAAAGACUUACACCUUUCUUGAUGAAGGAACAACUAAAAUAACUGCCACAUCAAUUAAUUGGAAUGAGGGCAAGGGCAUUCCUAAUGGAGCUGUUCAUGAGAACAAAGGCAAGCGCCCCCGUUCUGAGGAAAGCUUUUUCACUUGGUUUAACGAAACUCAGCAGAAGGAUGAUAUCGUCCAUAUGGAUGAUCUUCAAGAUGAUAUUGCUGAGAUUAUCAAAGAAGAUUUGUGGCCCAAUCCUCUGACAUAUUUCAAUAAUGAUGGUGAUGAAGAGGGUUUUGAGGUGGAAGAAGUUGAUGAUGAUGAGGAGAAAGGCAGCGAGGGGUCUGAAGAGGACGACGAGGAACAAGAAGACGACGAGGAAGAGAGUGACGGGGAGGAUGGCAAUUGAACUUCCCUUCCCGCCUUUGAAUUUGAAUUGGGUUGCCUUUGAUUUAAAUGAUGGUCAGUCAGUAUAUGGCUUUUGUGUAAAAAAGGUCUUGGAAGGGCCAUUAAAUGAACCAAAGUGCUAACAAUGUCUCUCUUACCUUCUUUCUUAGUAGACAAAAGACUUCACUAGUGGUGGUGGUGGUGGGGGAUAAACUAAGAUCAAUUUAUUGUUCCCAUUUUUGUUUAUCAUUUUGUAUCUGCUGAAAUUACCAUAAAAAAGUAACAAAUGGGUUACUUUUCUCGGCAAUUUUGGAUUCUUUAAGAUGCUAUAUUCUACA